ACGCGGAAGGUUCACUACACGUAGUAAAGCGAGCCGCAGCGCAUCACGACAAUGUUAAUUCGUUUGUUAAUUCUAACAGGUGUUUUAUGUACAUUAGCACAAAGUGAUGGAGUUUUCGAAUUGAACAUUGUGCAUUUUAAUGAUUUUCAUGCUCACUUCGAUGAAACGAGUCCUAGAGGAACAGCAUGUGUCCCAGAAGACGCACCAUGCAUAGGCGGCUACGCUCGUCUCUACACCGCUAUAAAUCAGGCAAUUGAAGCUGAACCUGACUCCUUGGUCCUCAACGGAGGAGAUACCUUCCAAGGCACUAUUUGGUAUAACUUUCUAAGAUGGAAUGUCAGUCUGCACUUUAUGAAUUUGAUACCACAUGAUGCUCACGUACUAGGAAACCAUGAAUUCGACCAUGGAGUGGAAGGUCUGUUGCCCUACUUGGAGGAUCUGAAUGCUCCAAUGUUAGGCGCCAAUGUGAAUACCACUUUUGAGCCUGAGAUGGCAGAGUACGUGAAAAAUCAUGUUGUCAUUGAAAGGAAAGGCCGGAAGAUUGGUAUUAUUGGAGUGCUUCUACGAACCUUCUCAGCACCAAUAGGCAGGGUAAUAAUGGAGGAUGAACUAGAAGCUGUCAACCGAGAAGCUGCUAUCCUCACGGAGCAAGGUGUUGAUAUCAUUAUUCUGCUUUCACAUGUUGGCUACACAAGCGAUAUGCGUUUAGCGCAGAGUGUUUCCCGCGAUGUCGAUAUCAUAGUUGGAGCGCAUUCCCACACCUUGUUAUACACCGGUGAGGCUCCUGACGGCAGUACUCCAUUGGGCGAAUAUCCUACCGUUGUUACGAGAGACGACGGACAUAGAAUCCCUAUAGUGCAAGCGUCGUGCUACACGCGCUACCUGGGCAUUAUUAAGUUGUACAUUGAUGAAGCUGGCAUUAUCGCAAGUUGGGAGGGACAACCUGUGUAUCUGGGAUCCUCUAUUGUGCAAGAUCCUUAUAUCAUGGAGUUACUCGAGCCUUGGCGACAAGAGGUGGACGCAAUAGGCAGAGAAGUGCUAGGCUCGUCUCUCGUUGCUCUGAACCGCGGCUCGUGCUAUCGCGGCGAGUGUAACAUUGGCAGCUGGGCUUGCGAUGGAUUUUUGGAAGAGGUUAUGUUGAUGGAGCCGAGACAAGCGCCACGCUGGCACAACGCUCAUGUGUGUAUGAUGAACGCAGGUGGCUUGCGAGCGCAGAUCGAACCUGGCAACAUAACAACCGAAGGGUUACUCCGAGCAAUUCCAUUCGAGAACUAUGUGCAAAUAUACGAACUGAAGGGCAAGUAUCUUCUAGAAGCACUCGAAUUUUCGGUUGGUGGCAACGUGGGUAGUUCGCCUGACCAGUUCAACAGUGGACGAAUGUUGCAGAUUGGAGGUGAGCUAUCAAAAAUACUUUUUUUAUAGUACC